AUGACUCCAAACCCUAAGAGAGCACGCGUCCCUUUAAGCCACGAUGGUGCAUCAUCCGAGAAAUCGAGCACUACUGACGCCUUCAAGUUCCUUACCCGUGUGGUGAACGAUUCCCUAACUCGUGGAGACUCCUCUGAAGGAUCCUCCUCAGCCCUGUCCGAGUCCGAGUUGAGGAAAAUGGAACAACCUCUUAUGGGCAUUAUGUGUCUCCUUGGUGUCGAAGCCUUCGCUCCCUAUGGUAUGGUCCCUGGUUUGCAGCUUACAGCCCCUUCCGAUCGUAAACUGGCUCUCGAUACCAGUACUUGGCUCAAAGCCUGGGGUUUCGAGGGAG